CCAGGGCUUGUGAGCUGUGUGGCACAGGUCCACUCCCCUCAGCAGGGAGGGGACUGUCACCUCCUUGAUUCCUCAAGCAGCUGGGCUCAGAGGGCGGGGGUUCCCUCCCUCCAGGAGGACACACACACCCCUAGAUAUUCCUAGAUGUAAGGUCUGGGUCACUCCGGGCGGCCUCUCUGUUCGACACAGGCUUCCCAUUAGCAGCAAAAACCCCUCAAGUGUCCCACAUCUAAAUGAGAAACCACUCCGGGACCGCCCCCACUCCCCAUCCUGUCUCCGUGGAGAGCCUGAGCCCCGGCACGCUGCUGUGCUCCAGCCUGCUGCUGGGAACAUUUGUACACAGGUUUUUGUGUGGACGUGUUUUCAUUCUUUUUGGGUAAAUCCCUAGGGCUGGAUUUGCUGCAUCACGGGAGUUCCUGUAUGUCUGACCAGGUAACGUAUCUCAGGCCCAUAAGGACAAAUACUGCAUGGCUCCACUUACGUGACGUACUUAGUCAAAUUCAGAGACAGAAAGUAGGAUCUGGGGCAAAGGAGCAAACGGGGAGUUAGUGUUUAAAGGAGUGAGUGAAUUCCUGUUACUUGUUUUAUGGCGAGACUGUAAAUCCUUGACAUUUUAAAGACUCUGCACAUUCCACGGACUCUUUACAAGUUCUUCUGCCCCAAAUCCAGGUAGUUGGUGAGCACCUGGCUAUAUGGUCUUUGUGGUCCCCCAAAGACUCUGAACCAUUACCAGCUGCAGCGGGAAGGAAUAUAAGACCACGUGACCUUAGGAACUGAAGAAAGUUCGACAACUUGAAGGCACGUCUGGAUCAAGUUUGAGUGGUAAAGGCAGGUCCAGCAUCUGUGUGAGGGUUUGACCCUUCCUCUAAGGAGGAAGGUGAAGCAGAGGAGGACAAGAGAGCAAGAGGCUGUGGAGAAUAGAGACGUCAGGUGAGCGCAGACUGGGCUACAGGAACAGCAAUACCGCCAAAGGGAACUGCCCCGGGGCCGGAGCGGCAGGUGCAUUGGGCACAGGCACCCAGACAUGGCCAUUCCUGGGUGCGACCGUGCAGACGCGCAGACGCCUCCAGCAGCCGCCCUGGGCAGCUCCCCGGACCCCAGGAGGGCAAGAAGCAGCCUCCUAGAACUGGUGGGAGGGGAAAAUGGAGAAGACAAGCCUGAGAAACAGGAGAGAGGAUGAGAGGUCCAUCCAGAGCAUCCAGAGUAAGGAACCCAAGACCACAAGUCUCCAGAAGGAGGUGGGCCUGCUCAGCGGCAUCUGCAUCAUCGUGGGCACCAUCAUCGGCUCUGGGAUUUUCAUCUCCCCCAAGUCUGUGCUCAGCAACACAGAAGCCGUGGGGCCCUGCCUCAUCAUAUGGGCGGCCUGUGGGGUCCUCGCAACGCUGGGGGCCCUGUGCUUUGCGGAGCUUGGUACGAUGAUCACCAAGUCGGGGGGCGAGUACCCUUACCUGAUGGAAGCCUUCGGGCCCAUCCCUGCCUACCUCUUUUCCUGGACCAGCCUGUUCGUCAUAAAGCCCACAUCCUUCGCCAUCAUCUGCCUCAGCUUCUCCGAGUAUGUCUGUGCGCCCUUCUACUCAGGCUGCAAGCCCCCUGAGGUUGUCGUGAAAUGCCUGGCUGCCGCUGCCAUCUUGCUCAUCACCACGGUGAACUCGCUGAGCGUGCGACUGGGGAGCUACGUCCAGAACGUGUUCACAGGGGCCAAGCUGGUGAUCGUGGCCAUCAUCAUCCUCAGCGGCCUGGUCCUCCUGGCCCAAGGAAAUACAAAGAAUUUUGAGAAUUCUUUUGAGGGCACAAAACUGUCUGUGGGAGCCAUCAGUCUGGCAUUUUAUAACGGACUCUGGGCGUACGACGGAUGGAAUCAACUCAAUUACAUCACGGAAGAACUUAGAAACCCUUUCAGAAACCUGCCCUUGGCCAUCAUCAUCGGGAUCCCGCUGGUGACAGGCUGCUACAUCCUCAUGAAUGUUUCCUACUUUACUGUGAUGACUCCCACCGAGCUCCUGCAGUCCCAGGCGGUGGCCGUGACGUUUGGCGACCGUGUUCUCUAUCCGGCCUCUUGGGUGGUUCCACUGUUCGUGGCCUUUUCCACCAUUGGUGCCGCCAACGGGACCUGCUUCACAGCGGGCAGACUUGUGUACGUGGCGGGCCGGGAAGGCCACAUGCUCAAAGUGCUGUCCUAUAUCAGCGUCAAGCGCCUGACUCCAGCGCCUGCCAUCGUCUUUUAUGGUAUCAUAGCGACUAUUUAUAUCAUCCCUGGUGACAUAAACUCAUUGGUCAAUUACUUCAGUUUUGCCGCAUGGCUGUUUUAUGGCCUGACGAUUCUGGGAUUGGUUGUGAUGAGGUUUACGAAGAAAGACCUGGAAAGGCCUAUCAAGGUGCCCAUUUUCAUCCCCAUCCUGGUGACCCUCAUAUCCGUGUUUCUGGUUGUGGCCCCAAUCAUCAGCGAACCUGCAAUGGAGUAUCUCUACUGUGUAUUAUUUAUACUGAGUGGCCUUAUAUUUUACUUCCUUUUUGUCCACUAUAAGUUUGGAUGGGCUCAGAAAAUCACAAAGCCCAUCACCAUGUACCUCCAGAUGCUGAUGGAAGUUGUGCCGCCAGAGGAGGCUCCAGAGUAACGGGCCCGGCCUCCGGGAGCCUCAUCCAAGCCGUGCUGAAUUUAUUUUUGCGGGUCUACCCCAGGCUGAUUUUCAAGGCACCCACUGCAAAGCGGACCAUCCAGAACCAUCCACAGCCUGGUGCCCACGACAGGAACCACAAUCGGGGGUCGGCCCCCCCGCACCCCACCCCAACCUUCACUGGCACUCAGGUCAAACUAGAAAGGGCGGUAGUGAAUAUAAUUCUGUUUUGCAUUUGGCACUCAGGGAAAAUAUGGUUGAAAAAAAAGUGAACUGUCAUUUCUGUGAAAACACAAAUUUUAUUGAUAUACUACAAAA